UUGCUGCCAACCUUAUAUAGCAGCUGUGUUGAUGCCAGUGGCAGCACCAUUCCUCCAUCAACCUGUCCAGACCCUCAGCUCCUCCAGUCCAGUUUCUCAUCAGCUAAGGAGACCAAACAAGUGCCAAGAUGUCUGAAAAAAAGAUGACCUCAAGCCGCAAGCAUCAUCUGAAGAGCUUGAUGCUUUCAAUUGCUGAAAAGCGGAUGGAACAGGAAGCGGCUGAUCUUAUAACUGCAAAGGCAGCAUACAUGAAUGAGCACUGCCCAGAGCUCUCUCUUCCCAGUGGGGUGGAGGAACUACAGAAAUUGUGCAAAGAGCUACAUGCGAAGAUUGACAAAGCCGAUGAGGAGAGAUACGACGCAGCAGGCAAAGUGACAAAGGGAACAAAAGAGGUUGACGAGCUGAAGUUUAAGGUAGUAGAAAUGAAGGGUAUGAAGAAGCCAGCUCUGAAGAAAGUGCGCUUGUCCGCUGAUCAGAUGCUUCAUGCUCUGCUGGGCUCCAAGCACAAGGUCAGCAUGGACAUGAGAUCCAACCUGAAGCAAGUUAAGAAGGAGGUCAAGGAGGAGCCUGCAGUCGCUGCUGGUGACUGGCGUAAGAAUGUUGAGGACAAGGAGGGCAUGGGUGGCAGGAAGAAGAUGUUUGAGGGCGCUGAGGUGUAAAUUUGAGAGACUGACGAAAUUGAUUUCUGACACAACAACAUGGACAAAGUGAAUGGCAGGAAGAAGAUGGACUGGGGCCAUUUGUACUUUUUUUUUUGACAGAAACAAAUACUGUUUGUAAAUGUAAUACAUUUAGAUAUAAUCGGCAUGUUACAGUUGCAUACCAUAAUCAUUAAACACUGGGUUUUAAAGAA